AUGAAGAAUGAGAGGUCUUUUCAGAUUAAGUCAUUAAUUGAUAGGCAUAAUUGUGCAAGAGUUUUCAAAUUUGGGUCCAUUGUAAGCUACAAAUGGAUUGGAACUCAUUUCAUGAAUGAUAUAUUACAGAAACCAAAGAUGAGCAUUAGGAAAUUGAAAGCUAAGGUCAGUAAAAGGUUUAACCUGAUAGCUAGUGUUGGACAAUGCAGAAAUGCUAGGAAAUAUGCAUUUCAGCAGAUAGAAGGUACUUUAAUAGAGCAUUAUGCUAAAACAUGGAGUUAUGGAGAAGAGCUAAAAAGGACAAAUCCUGGAUCAACAGUUAAGAUGGAGGUGGAUGUGAUGCCUGAUGGAGAAACAUACUUCUCAAAGUUUUAUGUGUGUUUAAAGGGUUUGAAGGAUGGAUGGAUGGUGGGUUGUAGGAGGGUAAUUGGAGUAGAUGGUUGUUUCUUAAAGGGCAUAUGCAGAGGUCAGUUGCUUGCAGCCAUUGGGAGAGAUGCAAACAACCACAUAUAUCCUGUUGCAUGGGCUGUGGUUGCAGUAGAAAAUAAAGAAUCAUGGAAGUGGUUUCUUGAUCUUCUAAUUGAUGACAUUGGAAUGGGAGUUAGGCAUGGACUAACCAUAAUAUCAGACCAACACAAAGGAUUAGUUGAAGCUGUGAAGGAAAGGGUUCCAGCUGCAGAGCAUAGACAAUGUGCUAGGCACAUAUGUGCUAAUUUCCAAAAAAGAUUUAAAGGGCAAAUAUUUAAGAAACUGUUUUGGAGAGCUGUUGGAUCUACAGUUCCACAAAAAUUUGAAUACCAUAUGAAUGAAAUCAAGAAGCUGGAGCCACUAGCUUAUGAACAUUUGAUGGAAAGGGACCCUAAAACAUGGUGUAAAGCAUUUUUUCAGGUUGAUAGGAGUUGUGAUGCAUAUGAAAAUGGUGUUUCUGAAAGUUUUAACUCUGUGAUUGAAGUUGUUAGGAAGAAACCACUUAUUACCAUGUUAGAAGAAAUCAGGAUUUAUGUAAUGGAAAGGUUGUGUAUAUACAAGGCCAAGGGUCAAUCUUGGGAUUUAAGCAUAUGUCCUUCCAUAAGGUUGAAGUUGAAUAAGCACAAGCAAACACAAAGGUUUUGGCAAGUGGUACCUUCUGGAUAUAUGCAAUUUGAGGUGAGGGUGGGGACUGAAGGGUAUGUUGUAGACCUGAAUACUAGGCAAUGUGGAUGUAGGGCAUGGCAGUUAGCAGGGUAUCCCUGUGUGCAUGGAUAUGCUGCCAUUUCAAGCCUUAAUAGGGACCCUGAGGAGUAUGUGUCAAAAUGGUUUACUACAUCAAUGUAUGCAAGUUGUUAUAGGUAUAACAUUAGGCCACUAAACUGUAAUGCUAUGUGGCCUGAAGUGGAUUACACCAAACCAUUGCCCCCUAAAAAAAGAAGACUACCUAGAAGACCAACAAUGAAAAGGAAAAGGGACCAGGUUGAGAGAGAAGCUAAGGGAACAAGGCAUACAGUCUCAAAAAAGGGAAUGAUCAUGAGAUGUACCAUUUGUAGGGAAAGAGGACAUAACAGAUCAACAUGUCCAUUAAGACCAAAUGAUGUACCAUCUACUUCAGGUUCUAACAAAAAGAAACCUAAGAAACAAGGUAAAGUAGACCUUGAAGCUGAAUUGGAAGUGGAACAUGUUGUCAUGUUUGAAAGUGAAAGUGAUAGUGACUUUGAAAGUGAAAGUGAUGUGGAAGCUAAUGUUCCUGAAGUUGAAGUUGAUGUUCCUUUCGUUCAAGAUAACCUUGUAGGGGAGAUUCAAGAUGACAUUCAAGUUGAUGCUAACAUUGAAGUUGAUGUUCUUGAAGUUGAUCUGGUACCAGAAGUUGAAGUUGAUGCUAAUAUAGAAGAUGGGAUUCAAGCUAACAAUGAAGUGGAACAUGAAAUUGAAGUUCAAGAUAAUGUGGAACAGGAAAUUCAACACAAUGCAGAAAAUCAGUUAGGAAGAGGACAAGAAAAACUUCAGAAAGAAUCACAAAGAUUCAGAUAA